GUGUGGCUGUGAAUGUUUCGAGGGGGAUUCCUUUUCGCGUCGCACAGAAACCGGACGCUGUUGGUACAUUAGCUGCAGAAAAAAUGUCAUAGUUGAGCCGAAUGAAUGGAUGCUGUGAGGUGCCUUUGCUCACAUCUGUCCAAAAUGACAUGAACCUCUGAGCUUCCAUCGCUCAGCUCCGCCGAUUGUCGCCUCCGCUAGUCAGGGCACCAUGGCAACGAGGAUGAAGCUAAAGCUGAAGACUGUAUUUUUGCUCUACUUCAUGGUCUCGCUCCUGGGCCUCAUCUAUGCACUGAUGCAGCUCGGCCAGCGCUGUGACUGUACAGAACAUGACUUCCCUAAAGACCGCACCAUAUCUCGACUGCGUGGGGAACUACAUCGUCUUCAGGAGGAGAUGAGGAAGUUUGAAGUAACAAAGCAACCUCAGAAGCAGCCAGCCAAACCGUCCCUGCCCACCAUCUUUGUUAUCACGCCGACAUAUGCAAGGCUGGUGCAGAAGGCCGAGCUGACUCGUAUGUCCCAGACUUUUCUCCAUGUCCCUCGGCUCCACUGGAUCUUGGUGGAGGACUCGCCACACAAGACGCCUCUGGUGACCGACCUGCUGAUGAAGAGCGGCCUGACCUACACUCACCUACACAUGCCCACCGCCAAGGACCGCAAACUACAGGAGGGUGACCCCAGCUGGCUCAAGCCCCGUGGAGUGGAGCAGAGAAACGAAGGGCUACGGUGGCUUAGAGAGGACAGGAGGGCUCAGCCAGGAGGGGAUAACCAGCAAGGAGUGGUGUACUUUGCUGAUGACGAUAACACAUACAGCCUGCAGUUGUUUGAGGAGAUGAGGAGCACACAGCGGGUGUCAGUUUGGCCGGUGGGCCUGGUUGGAGGGAUGAAGUAUGAGAGGCCUGUGGUUGAAGGAGGAAAGGUCGUUCGCUUCCAUACCGGCUGGCGUCCCAGUCGGCCCUUUCCGAUCGACAUGGCUGGCUUCGCCGUUUCCCUUAAAUUGGUCCUGGCCAAUCCAGAGGCAUGCUUUGACGGAGAGGCACCAAUGGGCUUGCUGGAAAGCAGCUUUCUUCAGGGACUGGUUACCAUGGAUGAACUGGAGCCCAAAGCAGACAACUGCACUAAAGUGCUGGUGUGGCACACACGGACAGAGAAACCGAAGAUGAAGAGAGAGGAGGCGCUGCAGGCUCAGGGACUGGGUUCAGACCCUGCUGUGGAGGUCUGAGGGACACGCAUGCACAUCAACACACACUCACACACACAUGCGCACACAGUGUGUGAUUAUAUUCUGCUGUUAAUGCUGCAUACGUAACUGCAUUGUAAAUACUGUAAACACUAAAGUACAGGAGAGAACCUGGUUUUGAGAGACUGUUACACCCGGUUGUAAAUAUAGAUGUGUAUCGAGUGUGUGUUUUGUCAUAACUGUGCUGAUUGUAUGUUAGUGUGUGCGUCUUUUUCGUUUUUGAGUUUGCGAUCCUUGUUUAGCAGUACAGUCAGUGUCAAUGUUAAACUACUACCUGAUGGGGGCGCCAGUGUAUUAGUUUGUGAAGCCUUGCUGCUGGAGCACUGCGGCUUAAAACUGGAGGGAGGGUGCGUCUCAUAGCAGGGUCGUCUUGUAUCACUUCUGUUUACUCGUAGCUCAGUUAGACGCCUGUGAUGUUUCCCGUUCCCGGCAGCAGUUAGAUGUUUUUAUCAGGGGCUGGAGGUAUAAAUGAUGUGACAGGCAGAAACCGUGUAUAUAGCUUUUCCAAAACAUGGAGUGGUAUUUUAAAAAGAAGGAUUUGGUUUUUCAUUUCAUUAUUUUUAAAUAGUGAGUUGAGCCAAUAUGAUGAUGAAGAAAGAAGGGGGAAAUGCAGACAACCAAGCUUGUCAUUUUUUGUGAGUGUCUCAUUCACAAACUGCCUUGUAGGGGGAAAAUUACUAAAUUUUAUCAUUAUUGUUAGAUGAUCAUAAAUGUUUGUGGCUUCAUGUUAUUGUGGGGAAAACCUUUGCCUAGCAUGCCAAAGAUCCCCGGAUUGGGACUAGGAGGUGACACAAAUGCAGCGUCGGGGUAGAACAAGUCAGUGUACUCCUAUUAGCAGUCCCAAGGGUUAAGUCUGCAAGGAUGACCCCAUGGGAAGUAAGGGAGCAGCUCAAAGGACCCUCGUGUACAUUUCAGUAGUGCGGGUGUGAUAAUGAAGUACGAAAGGUUACUUUGAAGGUGUUGGACUGUUUAUUACCCCAGUUUUGCUCACACAGCAGAUUUGGGCUGGUGAUGAUUUCAGAACACAUUUAUCUUUUUUUCAAUUCUGGGUCUGAAUUUUAUGUUUAGUGAUGCUGAGCUGCUUAUUUGAGCUCAUGUCUAAGCGUUUUGUGCAAACUGUUAUUUUUAUAUACAAAUGAUUAACAAGGGAAGCGUCUACUAGACUCUGACAGAUACAGGACAUUUGUGGUAGAUACCGAUAUUUAGGGGGUUUAAAGCAAAAACCUGAUACUGAUAUCUAGAGUAUGUCAGUCACAUGGAUAUAAUGUGUACCCUGGUUUAGCAGUGCAGCCUUCAGUGUCGUUCCAGUUUUCAGGCCAAGGAUCAGUUACAACUGUGCACUUAGUUCAUGCAUGGCUUCUGAUUUUUGUGUUUGUAAGUCAAUAUUCAGGAUGUAGAUCCUUUUUUUUUUUCUUUUUACCCCUAAAAACAAGUCAUCAGCAUCAAAGCAAUGUCAAUAAUCUUUACUCAAACUGUAAUAACAAUGUCUAGGAUUAAGCAUUGUAGAGCCAAGGCAGUGAAUACUUACUACGUCUUUUUUUAACAAUAAAAAUAUCCAUGACUGAGACGGUGCUCUCUAAACACGCCGAGCAGUGAACAAACCCCACGGACGACUUGCUGUUGCGUCUUUAUUAAGCCCUCAACGACCCGUGUUGCAGACAAAGUGGUGCAACUUAGCAACACGGGCACGACAAACACCCGCGUAAUGGAUCCACACCCAACGCACAACUUCUGGGUUGUAACUGGUGUCAUCACACCACAGCUAGUUUAACCCAGUGUUUUGUGAGCAGCUUUAGUGAUGCUUUUUAAAAACCACGCUCAAAGUGGAAACCAUUUAAGGCAGUGAUUAAACAAACAUCUCUGCUGAAGCGCAUAUAAACGAGUUGUGCAAUAAACAAACGUGUUACGUUUCGACACUGCUGCGAUCAGAAAAACACUUGAAUUUGCCUCCAGCGGGCAGGAAAUCCCUGGUACUUAAAGAUUGCCGAAUAUGGAAACUCGAGCUGUGCUUCGUCAUCUUCCACACUCCCUGCAAUGCAACAGACGCUGUAAAAACAGCUAGUGCCUGCUUACGUGUAAUUAGUGCCUGUAAGUAACUUCUCUACUGGUGUAUAACGUAUUUAUUACUGUUCUUUACAUUGUACAGUGUGAUCAUGUCUGUCCCUGGCCUUGGAAAUAAAAGUAAUGAAAAACA